AUGACGCACUCACCCUUGCCAAGUUCUGCAGUCACUGAUGAAGUGGAACAGCUUUCAACUACAUUGCCGGAAGGAGGAGAUGCUAUGCGAAUAAAGGAUUUGCUUCAGAAGGAGCUCGAGAAUGAUUUAGACGUAUUUCCUAACCUCGUACAUAAGCUGACGGGGAUCGGUGAUCUAGUUCGAGAAUCAGCCAAUCGGCGCGUCAUCAUCCGAAAUUCAAGGGAUCUGAUCAGCACUAAAGAAAUCUUGGCAUUUACAACUGAACUUACGCGCUCUGCAAGAAUGAGCGAGUCCUUUGGCGAUGUAGUAACCGUAUCUUCAUUAUAUUCAGUGCUGUCGCGAUCCCCGAAAGCAAUACGGAAAUGUUUCAGUGCAUCCGCAGUUAGAGAAUUGACUUCAGCUAGUAAAUCAGGGAACUGUAUCUCGUGCCAACUGUUAGGCAAUUUUGUUCGCGCAUGUUGCAGAAGGUCGCAACAACAGUUGCUCGUGCGCAGUUGUGCCAAGUCGAUUGAUUUUAUCACUUCUAACGAAUUCGUGGAACUGGUUAUGAGCGAAAUUUCGGGCAAGUUCGCUUGGAAAGAUAGCAUGAAAGAUACUCCUUACUAUUACGCAAUAUUCGUUGAGCGCUAUGUCUUCCUGCAUCUCGAUCCUCAGAGAUCCGGAAAAGUAUCUAUACAAGAUCUUAUGGCUACACGACUUCUUGACGAUCUUUUUGAUGUACUGUAUGAACAGAGUCAGGAAAAUACGGAGCAGACAUGGGACAUUUCGCAGCUGUCUUGGUGCUCUGUGAACAAUUUUUGGAGGAUUCUUGAACAAUUUCGACAUUGUGAUAGAGAUUGGUCCGGUAUGGUGUCGUUGGAGGAGUGCCGCUACUUGAAAGACGGGGCCUUCACACCAUUGUUUCUGGAGCGAGUGUUCGCCACUCAAAUGCUGUAUGGUGAUGACCCGAAAGCAAUGGAGAUGGACUUCCGAGGGUUUGUCGAAUUAGACGCGGCUGUCAAUACCAGAAAGGAAACAGCAGCAAUCAAGUGGCUUUUUCGAGUUCUUGAUCUCAAAGAUGACGGAUUUUUGGAUCGCGAUGAAAUUCGAAUGAUGACUGAGAGUAUGGUAACAAAUCUAGCCAAAGUGGAGGGAUGGGCCAACUUCAACCCUGAUGAUAUAGUUGACGAAGUGAUCGAUAUGAUAAAUCCACAUAAUCCAAAUCUGAUCACAGUCGAUGAAGUGAUUGCCAGUCGGAUGGCAGAUACUGCUUUGGGAAUACUUAUCGACUAUUAUGCUUUUCUGAAAUACGAAAAUCGUGAAGAAGAGUCAGCUUCGUAGAGUGCCUUGUUGUCUGCGAAUCAUUUUUCUCGUUAGCAUGUGUUUUCAUCUCAAUCAUGGUCUCAUCCCACUGCCUUGCUGGAUCUAUCAGUUUUUGUCUUAUAUCAUUUUGAUGCUUCUUGAGUAUGCUGUUUUUCUUUUUCCGUUCUGCUCCUAAUCAAUCUCAAACUUGCUCAUUGACCGUCCUAAUAUUUGGCACUGCUUGUUUUCUCCGAUGUUGGUUGUGUACUUAUCGAAGAAGUCUCACUUUACUCACAAGGUUGACUACUUACAUUUUGUUAUGCGGCACUCGUGUCCUCCAUGGCUCCUUUUUCACCUCUGCUGAUUACACAUUUUAUCAUGUUUAUAAGUUGUACAUUAUGAUUGAUACAAGUUCUGAUGGUAAAAUACGUACAUGUGAACAAAGCUCUUCAAUAU